AUGACAACUCCAAAAGAUACAGUGUUGUCUGAAACACACAACCACCGCCGGGAUACAGUGUUGUCUGAAAAACACAACCACCACCAGGAUAAAGUGUUGUCUGGAACACACAACCACCGCCGCGAUACAGUGUUGUCUGAAACACACAACCACCGCCAGGAUACAGUGUUGUCUGAAACACACAACCACCGCCAGGAUACAGUGUUGUCUGGAACACACAACCACCGCCGGGAUACAGUGUUGUCUGGAACACACAACCACCGCCAGGAUAAAGUGUUGUCUGAAAAACACAACCACCGCCGGGAUACAGUGUUGUCUGAAACACACAACCACCGCCAGGAUACAGUGUUGUCUGAAAAACACAACCACCGCCAGGAUAUUGUGUUGUCUGAAAAACACAACCACCGCCGGGAUACAAUGUUGUCUGAAAAACACAACCACCGCCGGGAUACAGUGUUGUCUGAAAAACACAACCACCGCCGGGAUACAGUGUUGUCUGAAACACACAACCACCGCCAGGAUAAAGUGUUGUCUGAAAAACACAACCACCGCCAGGAUACAGUGUUGUCUGAAAAACACAACCACCGCCAGGAUACAGUGUUGUCUGAAAAACACAACCACCGCCGGGAUACAGUGUUGUCUGAAAAACACAACCACCGCCAGGAUACAGUGUUGUCUGAAACACACAGCCACCGCCAGGAUACUGUGUUGUCUAAAACACACAACCACCGCCGGGAUACAGUGUUGUCUGAAAAACACAACCACCGCCAGGAUACAGUGUUGUCUGAAACACACAACCACCGCCAGGAUACAGUGUUGUCUGAAACACACAGCCACCGCCAGGAUAUUGUGUUGUCUAAAACACACAGCCACCGCCGGGAUACAGAUAUUGUGUUGUCUGAAAAACACAACCACCGCCGGGAUACAGUGUUGUCUGAAAAACACAACCACCACCAGGAUACAGUGUUGUCUGAAAAACACAACCACCGCCGGGAUACAGUGUUGUCUGAAAAACACAACCACCGCCAGGAUACAGUGUUGUCUGAAACACACAGCCACCGCCAGGAUAUUGUGUUGUCUAAAACACACAACCACCGCCAGGAUACAGUGUUGUCUGAAACACACAACCACCGCCAGGAUAAAGUGUUGUCUGAAACACACAACCACCGCCAGGAUACAUUGUUGUCUGAAACACACAACCACCGCCAGGAUAAAGUGUUGUCUGAAACACACAGCCACCGCCAGGAUAAAGUGUUGUCUAAAACACACAACCACCGCCAGGAUACAGUGUUGUCUGAAACACACAACCACCACCAGGAUACAGUGUUGUCUGAAACACACAACCACCGCCAGGAUACAGUGUUGUCUGAAACACACAACCACCGCCAGGAUAAAGUGUUGUCUGAAACACACAACCACCACCAGGAUACAGUGUUGUCUGAAACACACAACCACCGCCAGGAUACAGUGUUGUCUGAAACACACAACCACCGCCAGGAUACAGUGUUGUCUGAAACACACAACCACCGCCAGGAUACAGUGUUGUCUGAAACACACAACCACCGCCAGGAUACAGUGUUGUCAGGAACACACAACCACCACCAGGAUAAAGUGUUGUCUGAAACACACAACCACCGCCAGGAUACAGUGUUGUCUGGAACACACAACCACCGCCAGGAUAAAGUGUUGUCAGGAACACACAACCACCACCAGGAUACAGUGUUGUCUGAAACACACAACCACCGCCAGGAUACAGUGUUGUCUGGAACACACAACCACCACCAGGAUAAAGUGUUGUCUGAAACACACAACCACCGCCAGGAUACAGUGUUGUCUGGAACACACAACCACCGCCAGGAUAAAGUGUUGUCAGGAACACACAACCACCACCAGGAUACAGUGUUGUUUGAAACACACAACCACCGCCAGGAUAAAGUGUUGUCUGGAACACACAACCACCACCAGGAAAGUGUUGUCUGA